AGUUUACUUUUGGCCAAACCUGGGAAUGGUUCUCCAUUCUGGAAAAGCAUUGUAAUCUGUGUGCAAAAGUUCUCUACAAAUGGGUCCCUGGAAUGGGGAUAAUGUGGCUUAUCUUCUUGCUCUGUAUCUGUGUGCCAGAGUGCUAGACGAGAGAGAGAGAGGGAGGGACAUCGGCCGAGAAGGUUCCGGAAGGAUGCCUCGCGCGGGGUUGUCGGCGGGGUCGAGCAAGGUGGACGUGGCCAUCGACCUCGGGAACCCGCUGCUCAACCGCACCGUCGACGGCUUCCUCAAGAUCGGCGCCGUCGGCGCCUGCAGGGUGGCCGCCGAGGACGCCUUCGACUGCCUCCAAAGUGGGAGUGUCUCGAAGCACAAGCUUGAGAAGACACUGGAAAAAAUGUGCAAGGAGGGCGCAUAUUGGGGUGCUGUUGCUGGAGUGUAUGUAGGCAUGGAGUAUGGAGUGGAAAGGGUCCGCGGAGAGUAUGACUGGAAAAAUGCGUUGAUUGGAGGCAUCGCAAGCGGCGCCCUGAUCUCUGCUGCUAGCAACAACAAAGGGAACAAGAUCGCCAAGGAUGCCAUCACCGGAGGUGCCAUCGCAACCGCCAUCGAGUUCAUCAACUACCUCACCUAGCUGUGUGACCAUAUGCAUGGCAAUGUUUUUUUUAUCAGCAAGACGAAUAAGAACUUCUUGACUGAAGCCGCCGCCCCCCCCCCCCCUCUGUGCUAAUAAUUGGAGCCGUUUCCUCCAAUGUUCUUCCCUUUUUGGUUGCCCGCGUUCUCAUGUCCAUGUUGUGAACAGUUUAUUUUCCUGUGAAGAAAUCCUUUGUGCUGGCCUA